GUGAAAGCAUUAAAUACAAUAUCAAAUAAUUGUGGAUUUACUUGGGUUACCCCAAUGAAAUGUGGUAUGAUUCCCACCAAUGCUGCAGGUUUAAAUAUAGUUGUUUAUUGUGACUCAAAUAAUAAUAUUAAUGAAAUCCGUUUCGAAUCUACUGUUACAAAAAGAUGUGGCCUAUCCGAUGAUAUUUAUAACAGUUUCCCAAAUUUACAAAAAUUAGUUGUUAAUAAUUUAAAUGAUACCAAAAUUAGUCAAACAAUUUAUCAACAUCCCAAAAUAGAAACAUUCAUUGCUACAACCACAAGUGGUAGUUUUAUUAUAGAUAAUAAUUCAUGGCAACAAAUGGUUUCAUUGAAAUAUUUAACAUUGGUUGGUGUUGUUGGUACUAUCCCAACUUUUCCAUCAACAUUAAUCGAAUUUACAAUAGAGGCUAAAGGUUCAGCCGAUUUAGUAUCAAGAGUACCAAUAGAAAUAUUUACACCAUCAUUAAAAACCUUCUCAAUCUCUUUUUUUACAAAACCAACAAAUCAACCAAUUGUUACACUUAAAGAUUAUGACUUCUUUUCAAAAUCUCCAAGUCUUACUAAAUUUUUCUUUUAUUUUAUUGGGUGCCCUGCCGAAUUUGAUGUUUUAUUCAAUCCACCAUCUUCUUUAACUGUAAUGCAAGUGUUUGGUUUAGAGUUAGUUAAUAACACAUUUCCAUCCAUUCACCAGGUUCAAUGGGAUAAUUUAAAUAUUUUAGUUUUAAAUGCUAUGAAUUUAGGGGGUAAAAUAUCAAAAGAAUUUUUCUAUUUAAAAAAACUUUCAAUUUUUUACUCAACAUCAAAUCUAAAUUUACAAGGUCAAAUUCCAUCAGACUUUACUCAAAAAUCCUCAUUAUCUCAAUUGUUUUUACGUGAUACUGGUUUCGAUGGCACCCUCCCAAGUGAUAUUUUGGAUAAAAAUUUAAAAAUACUAGAUAUUAGAGGUACCAAGAUUAAAGGUGUUGCUCCAGAUAUUUUCCUUUGUUUACCAAAUACUGUUUUCACUGGAGAAGAUGUAAAUUAUAAAAUUCAAUUUGAUAUUGGUUCGGUAUCUAAUAGAUCACCAUGUGUCCCAAGUAUUAAGUCAUUAACAAAUCCAAUAGAUUCAACAACUUAUUCGUUACUUAUUGAAGGUACAAUGUUGGGCUCUUUUACACCAUUUACUUUAGUUAAAAUGAAGAAUCAAUUAUAUGAAGUUGAUUUAUAUUGUCAAACAGCUGUUCCUGCAAAGUCAAUAUCAUGUAACAAUCCAGGUAUUUUUGGAAAUGGUACAUUAACUGUUUUUGCAAAGAAUCUAGCCUCACCUUUACCAAGUGCAACUAUUAAUUUUAAAUAUUCUGAGCCAGUUAUUUCAUCAGUAACUUCUUUAAAAACAGUUGGUGGAAGAAUUACUAUCUUUGGUGCAAAUUUAUGGAUUGGUAGUGCACAAGCUAAUGAUGGUUCAGACUAUAAUUACAUAAAAUUGGUUAAAGGUGAUGGAAGCUCUGUAUCUUGUACCGAUAUUAAUAUCAUUUCAGCUUAUAGCACUUUAUCAUGUAUUUUACCAGCAGGAAUUGAGGGAGGUUUAUUGGUGGUUUCAGUAAGCGGCCAAAAGAAUAUUGAUGCAUAUGCUUUUAAUUAUCAAGGCCCAGUUGUUAAUAGUUUUAUAACCCAACAUAAUAACUUAAUUCCAAAUAGCAAAGAAAUCUCGGUCACAAUAACAGGUUCAAAUUUUUGGAAUGAUCAUAGUUUGGCUCAGGUAUCACUAGAUUCAGUAGAAUGUAAAGUCACCAGUAUCAAUGAUGGUCAAAUUAUUUGUUUAUUCCCAGCCACUCCAUUUAAAUUACCAGAGGGUUUAUUGGAUCUUUCGGUAUUUAUUAAUGGUCAAGGAGCUUUCAAAUAUGAUUUUGUUAGUAUGGUCGAUCCCUUAAUUUGUCCAAAUAAUUGUGGUGAAAGCAAGUGUGACCCAAUAAUUGGUAUGUGUAUGUGUGAAGGUAUUACAUUUGGCCCCGCAUGUUCAUUAAAUACAACAGAAUCAUCAAAUAAAAUCAGUGUAAUAAAUAAUAGACCAACUCUAAUGAUUACCCCAUCACAAUCAACAAAUGAAACCACAUUCGCAGUUUCAUUAGUUUCAAUAGUAGAGGGAAGUACCGAGAUUAUCCUCGAUAGUUGGAGUUCAAAAUCCAUUAAUGAUUAUACAACCGAAUUCACUUAUACUGGUGAUCAAGGUCAAGCUGUCUUUGUUACCAUUAGAAAAAAUAUAGCUACAGGUAAAGAUGAUUUUAUAACCUAUCCAACUAAUAGUUAUACAUAUCAUGUUAGAUAUCAAGCAUCCAAAGACUCUAAUGUUGAUUUACCACAAUUUAAAAUUGAACUCGAACCAUACCCAUAUGAAUGUGCCAGUUUUCCAAUUAAUUUUGCUUAUCCAUCAAGUUCAGCAUCAGAUUUACGUUUCUUUAGUUUAAAUACAUAUAAUGUACAAUAUUUUGGUCGUACACCAAUUAAAGCAUUUUAUAAUAGCGACAAUAAUACAGGUACACUUACAACAAGUGUAGUCAGUAACACUGGUAAUAGUUCUAGAAUCCUUGUACAACUAAAUCAAUACUCUGUUGAAUCUACAGAGUUUGAAUUUGAUUUCACAACAUAUGCAAAUACUAUUCCAAGAGAACCAGUUAUUAGUGGUUGUGUUUUACCAACAAAACCAAUAAAUGUAGAAAAGAACAAUGGUUGGAAAAUUGGUGUAGGUAUUGGUGUAGGUAUUGGUGGUUGUAUAUUAGGUGCAAUUAUAGCUUUACUUAUAAAACAAAGAAUAAAAUUAGAAAAAACUCAAUCAUUACUAAAUAAAAAACUUAAAGAACUUAAUUCUGGUUUAUAA